UGUAUGUGUGUGUGUUGCAUGUGAGUGUGCGUGUGCGUGUGCGUGUUGCAUGUGUGAGUGAGGGUGUGAGAGAGUUUGUAGUGUGGCUGUGAACGUCCCCUGCUCGGAUACUGUCACCGCUUUGCACCGCAGGCAAGCUCCGUGUUCCUACAUGCAAGUUACCGUCGCGGCUCCACAAUCAUUGGCCAGCAAUGACUGAAAGCCCCGCGACCAAGCCAGCCGAUGGGGAAGUGUGUCACCGCGUGAAGAACGGACUGAAACCGGAGAGUAACGGCUUGGUGAAGAGCCUGCACCGCUGCCAUGAGCGGCAGCACAAGCACCACUGCCACCCCGAGGAGGAGGAGUUCCACGCGGCCUCCCAUCAUGGCAGGCUGUACAGUCAGCCCUUCAUUGAGUCUUUUGAGGAGACGCCCAUGCUGGUGGCAGUACUCACCUACAUGGGCUACGGCAUCCUGACCAUCUUCGGCUACCUCCGCGACUUCCUCCGUCACUGGAAGAUCGAAAGGUGCUACAUCGCCAGAGAGAAGGACAAACAAAGGGACUUUGUUCCACUCUACCAGGAUUUUGAGAACUUUUACACCAGAAACCUCUACAUGCGGAUCAGAGACAACUGGAACAGGCCGAUAUGCAGCGUCCCCGGGGCCAAAAUGGACCUGAUGGAAAGAGCGUCCCUCGACUACAACUGGACUUUUGAGUACACGGGUCGGGUAGUGCAGGAUGUGAUUAACUUGGGCUCGUAUAAUUAUCUCGGCUUCGCUGAGAACACAGGUCCUUGCGCUGAAUCUGCAGCUGAGGUCACCAUGAAGUAUGGCGUCGGAGUUGCAAGCACCAGGCAGGAGAUUGGCAACCUGGACAGACACGAGGAGAUGGAGAUACUGGUGGCUAAGUUCCUCGGCGUGGAGUCAGCUAUGGCGUUUGGGAUGGGGUUUGCAACCAACUCCAUGAACAUACCAGCGCUGGCUGGAAAGGGUUGCCUGAUUCUGAGUGAUGAACUGAACCACGCCUCUCUGGUGCUGGGAGCCAGACUCUCUGGGUCUACCAUAAGAGUCUUCAAACAUAACAAUAUGCAGAGCCUUGAGAAACUGCUCAGAGAAGCCAUAGUUCAUGGGCAGCCCCGGACUCACAGACCAUGGAAGAAGAUCCUCAUAGUGGUGGAGGGCAUUUACAGCAUGGAGGGCAGUAUAGUCCGCCUGCCAGAAGUGAUUGCCCUGAAGAAGCGCUACCGGGCUUACCUUUACCUAGACGAGGCCCACAGCAUAGGGGCACUGGGGCCGAGAGGGAGAGGCGUGGUCGAUUACUUUGGCCUCGAUCCCUGUGACGUGGAUGUCAUGAUGGGCACAUUUACCAAGAGCUUUGGCGCUGCGGGGGGAUACAUCGCAGGGAAAAGGGAGCUUAUUGAGUACCUGCGCUCCCAUUCUCACAGUGCAGUCUACGCCACCUCCAUGUCUCCUCCUGUGGUGGAGCAAAUCAUCACUUCUAUGAAGUGCAUUAUGGGAGAGGAUGGCACAACAAUAGGCUGUGACCGUGUGCGACAGCUGGCAGAGAACACAGUCUAUUUCCGCAAGAGGCUUCGAGAAAUGGGCUUCAUCAUCUAUGGCAACAACGACUCUCCUGUCGUACCCAUGAUGCUCUACAUGCCCGCCAAGAUAGGAGCGUUUGGGAGGGAGAUGCUGAAGAGGAACAUUGGGGUGGUGGUCGUCGGCUUUCCUGCUACGCCCAUCAUCGAGUCCCGGGCUCGCUUCUGCAUCUCAGCCGCCCACACAAGAGACAUGCUCAACAGGGCUCUGAGUGUCAUCAGUGAGGUAGGAGACCUUCUUCAGCUCAAGUACUCCCGACACAGAAUACAGCCGUCUUUGGCGCGGCCUUUUGACGAUAAUGUGUAUGAGGACAUUGACGACUGACGAACCACUCCUCUCCCGAAGCGGCGUGAACCUGAACAACCCCAGAAAAUACAGAACGGGUCAAGAUGGAUCACAAGUCUUCCACAAGGACCAACAUGUGCACAGGUGCCCCUUGUCACUAGUUUGCCAUAAUGUAACACCCCCCCACCCCCCACCCCCACCCCCUCUACCCGAUAAAAGGAAAACACUUAAAACUGUCAUUUAAUUCUACUUUGCCUUACCUAAACAUGCAGAACUUGUGGUGAACACACUGAAAAACAGCACCUCUGCUUUUUCUUGUGUACUUUUUUUUUUUUUCUUUUUCUUUUUUUUUUUUUUUUUAUCAUUUUGUUUCUAAAGAAUUUUUUUGUUUGGGUGUGUGUGUGAAUGUUUGUACUGCAUGUAUCAUUCAUCAUGUUCAGCCUUGUUACGUAUGUGAAGUGGACAGACGUCAGCUUUCCCAAUGUCUCUCAAACUGGGAGAUUCCUGAAUAUUUUUCAUAUUGUGGUUCAAAAGUGAACUUUAUAAAUUUUAAUUAAAAGAACAAAAACCUUACCAUCUUUCAUUCAUAACAUCUCAGUCAUUGGUGCACUAGACUGAAAAACAGACAGCAUUGGAUAUUGCAUUGUUUGCACAGGACCGAGCAAGUCCCCAUUAUUUUAGCUCCACCAGCAAAGUUGGGGAGGUUAUUUGUUAGAACAUUUUACACAAAAUAAAAUGGAUUGGGCUGAAAUAAAAACACCGUCCUUGGUUGAAGGAUUGGAUAAUUAAAUGAUACAGAUUUGGAAUUUCUGCUAUUACCCAAUUUAUAUUUUGUCCCUUCUGGGAACUUGCAUUCUUUUGAGACAUGUGUUUGGUGGCAGUGUGCACUCUACCAUGUGCCUUUUAGUUUUGUCAAUGGGUUUGUUUUUUUGUUUUUUUUUUUUGUUUUUUUUCUUUUUUCAUUUUGAACCUUGAGAACUUGAGAACUACCCAAUCUUGUUUCAGGAAGCAAAACUAGUCUCAAACGCUAACAACACCUACAACCACACUGUUCCUUAAACGUAACACGACGACAUAUUUCUCAACUAGUCACCAUUUUGACCGCAUUACGUUGUUGUCGUUUCCAUCCUUGGUUCUGCUAGACAUGCUAAAAAAUCUAGAACCUCAGAGUUAAGCAUGGGACUUCCAUCAACUUAGUUUAUGUAGCACUACAGAAAGGUUGCCAAAUAUCAGACAGCAGAUGAUUCUCCCGUUCAAUAUGCUGACGGGUUCAAAGGAAUCGUUUUCGGAAAAGUCUGGAAACUCUUUGGAAAAUACGCAUACAUGCUUUUUUCUCAAAAGGUAUUAAAUUGAUACAACUCUCAAGUUUGUAUGCUAAAAAUAAAGCUAGCGCCGACUUGGUUAGGUAGCCCGAGGGAGAUCCAGCCUGCAACUCCCUGUAAAACUAUGAAACUGUUGUUUUUACAUUUUGGUUUUUGUAUCGACUAGUCCAGUGCCUGCUCAAAAUGUGCCUGUUGGUAGGAGCUGAUUGCUUGGCGUGCGUUAAUCCAGUUCACAUCAUCCAAACAACUUCUCACUCAAAAGUGCACUUCCAUGGGUCCUGAGCAAGACACUCUGCAGGGUUUGUGGUCAGUCGGUCUCGUUUACUGCUGGAGUUGGCUGUUCCGCUCCAUUAGUGUCUGGGAGAUGGCAUAGAAAGGACCAUCACACUCUGGCAUGAACAUGCUGUAAAUUGUCCGGGUGCUGCACAUGUCCUCGUAGGGUAGUUCUGCCUUCAUCUUAACGUCAAGUAAGAUGUAGAAAAGUGAUGUUUGAAGCUUUCUCCAGGACCCGCUCAUCCAAAAAACUUCCGUCGACACUGCACCUCCUCAGCAAUACAUCUGUGAAGUUGGAAGUCAAGUCAGAUUCCUCCAUUUAUGGUUGGAAUAAACAAACAACAUUUAACGUGUAAAUUAGUAAAAAUGUAGAGGUGCUGGUUUACAGAUUUGACAGAGCAAAGCUAGCCGUUUCCCCUUGCUUCCAGUCUUUCAGCCAAGCUAAGCUAAUUGCUUGCUCUUGCUUCAUAUUUAGCAUACAAACAUGAGUGUGGUAUUAAUAUGUUCAACUUUUAACAAGAAAGCAAAUAUGCGUAUUUCCCUGAAAUAUCAAAAUAUUGCUUUAAUUUUGGGCCAGUUACCUUCUUGCUAUAGUGAGCUUAUUUACUAAUUUACUAAGAAUACAUUGCCUUGAGGAAAAACCUUACACUGCAUUGUCGAUGCAGCAUUUCAAAAACACUGGCAGCUCCUACAAUCACAGGUUGAUAUCAUUUUACACAAAGCUUACAUGGCGUUGGAAGAAUGCAAUGGAAUCAUAAAGUACGUUCUAAAUGGAAAAAGUAAAACACUCACAAGUCUACAGUUAAUUAGUCACUCAUCCAAACACUUUAUAGUGUCUUUUCUCACCUUUAUUUAGCAGUUUUGAUAAUUUUGUUGCAUCUUCACUGACAUUUUAACUAACAAUAGUAUUUUUGCAGUGAUAUCAUUCAAACGAAUUAUAGCUGAUAUAUAUGCCACUACUACAAACUUGGAAUAUAAUUUAAAAAGUACCAAAAAUAGUUUACAGUAGAGUGUAUCUGUGUGCCAUCAGUGAUCAAACUUAAAAAAAAAAAAAAAAAAAUGUAUCGACCAAUAAAAAUACCAGUUUUCAUAAACAAUAACUUAAAAGUAUCAUUGCAAUUCAGACUCAGUCAUUUCCUGCCAUUGGGAAAAAUGGAAAGAAAUGUCAUUUGAAGCUUGAAUAGGAAAUUUGUUUCCUAAGCGUCUAUUACACGUGAAUUUAGUCAGCCUGUUCUUACUGCAACUAUGUCACAUGUCACCAUCAGUGUGACUUUCUUCUUUUUUUUUUUUCAUUGAUUGGUUUAGUGUGUGUUUGUAUUUAAAGUCUUACAGAUCACCUCAAAGAUCAUUAAACAUGACUCACAGAUCACAAGGCCAAAGUUGUGACUAUCAGACUUGUCUUACUUGUUUUUGUUGCUUUUUUUGUUGAAAGGCCAAAAUGUAUCCAGUUGUAAUUUAAGUGUAAGCUCUCAUUCUCUACCAAAGUGUAGAGGGUCAGUUUAGUCGGUUCAGGAUUUGAAAAAUAAAAAGGAAAUUAUAUUUAUAUAUUCAUAUCUCCAGGCCUGACAGGAGAAUAUUUAAAGUAUUAAGACUAAACUAGUCUGGAUGUAAUUCAGCGUUGUUGGUAAUUUCCCUCAUUUCCAACCUGUCUCUCGGGUGCUUCUUCGUAAUAACCUCACUGCUUUGUAACUGAUAAUGUUGUUUUAAUGCCUUGUAAAACGAAGUGCUAUCUUUCUGCUGUGACUCAAAAGUCAUUAAUAACUUAAAUCAGUGUGUGUGUGUGUGUGUGUGUGUGUGUGUGCGUGUGCGUGUGCGUGUGCGUGUGCGUGUGCGUGUGCGUGUGUGUUUGCAUGGUUUUCGGGUAUACAUCUGUGUCACUGCACUUUUCGGUUUAUCUUUACAAUGUGCAACCGAGCUUUUACACUCCUUAGUGAAGGCAGCUGUAAGAAAAGGAAAAAAAACCCCACAUGCAUACAGUUACACUUGCACGUGUGCACACUGGCAAAUAUUUUGUAACCACUUGUUCCUCAUAGUGAUGCAUGUACAGCUGCUCUGCACCACAGCCGGCCACAGGUGCUCAAUGAUAUACACUGUUCUGCUAGAUGUGACUUAUUUGAAUGUUGUCAUAAAAAUCCACGUCAUUCCAGAGAAGGUUUGAGUUAAUGUUUCUGUCUGGGGGUGAAGGGAGGUUCGCCCUCUUUUUUUUUUUUUUUCUUUCAUAUUAAUGUUAAUCUCACUGUCACUGUACUUGGGAAGUGUUUGUGUAAUGCGUCAUAGAAAUUUAUUUAGUUUCUCUAAGAAAGAAAAGGUCUCCAAACCUGAAUCUUGGUGAUUGUCCACGAGCUGAAAGCUAAGAGUGACAAUGUUGUACUUAAAGAUACAGAAUGUCUUUUUUUUAUGUAUUUUUAAGUUUGCACACGGGAAAGUCAUCAAAUGAUACUAAAAGCAAGUAUUGAGAACAUAUUUUAGUAUUAAAAUGUAAUUAUGUAAAACCCCAAAACCUUAUGGCCUGAUGUCUUAACGAUGCAGUUCUAAAUGAGAAUCGGAUCUCUGCAGUACCCUUCACAAUUGUUGGUACUUGAUAAACAUUAACAAGAUGGAUCUGUCCAUGUCCAUGAAAACUAAAGGAGAACUUUAAUGAUCUUAACCAUUAAACCAUUUUUGGUCUUGAACAAGAAUUAAAGAGUAGCCCUCAUGCCUUUUUUAAGGUCCAUAAGACGACAUGAAAUGCCACUAUGAAAGACAGCACCACUAUUUUGUACAACGUUUAUUUUGUUUCAUUGAAAAGAAGCUGUUGAGAAUAUUUUUGUUUACUAUGGAGUAACCAGGGAAAGAUGGUUAUCACUAUUACUGGCAGUGAUUGUUGAGAGCACUCGACUGUGCCAGUAAUAGAGGCAAUCAUUUCAGUGGUUGAGUGCACGUUACCACACAUCAGAGAAUAUUAUUUUCUGAUACAGUGCCUUUGAAGCAAAUGAUUUUCUAAGAAUUCUGACAAGCGUAAGCGUCAUAACUUGGAUUGUUCAUCUUUUACAGUCUCAUUUGACCUCUUUUACAACUUUUAUCUUCAACAAUACUGAUAAUUAGCACUGGGUGUGUUCUCUGUGUUGACUAAUUGCCAUGCAUUUGAUCAUAGAAAAUGCACUAUUUGCAACAUAUCAGCAAAUAAUAAAUGUGUAAAAUGUCACCCAUGUCAAUGAUAAUAAAUCAUUAAAACAAUAAAAACAGA